UUGUACGAGUAUGAUUCAGGUUCUCCACUUGAAGACGAUACUGUUUUCUUAUCUACCGUGUUUGUUCGCCUUCAACGUCGCCUGGCAGUAUCGUCUGCUCUACAUUAUCUUUUCAUAUAUCGGACUGUCUUGCACUGGAUCGCUCCAUAUGUCACAUCAAUAUACCAACGCUUUGCACUAGGCUUAUCAUGGCCAGGAGUUGGUUUUAUAGCAAAAUAUGAGUCGAUGGUGAAAAAUUUGUCAAAAAUUGCACCUGCAUACUGAGA